AUGGCCGCCGUACAAGUAGCCAAAAAGGAAUUGAGGCGGAAAAUCCAAAAUCUGCUAAAAGAUGUCCCGCGGGAAUCGGUGAAUGCUCAAUCUACGGUCGUCGCCAACAAACUCUUCACAUUACCCGAAUAUCUCAAUGCGCGCAGAAUCAGCAUCUUCCUCUCUAUGCCCACGGGCGAAAUAUCAACCACGGGAAUAGUUCGCGAUGCCCUAUCCAAGGGCAAAGAAGUCUUUAUUCCCUACACACAUAAACUCGAAACUACCGGAAACCCAAGUCAACCCAAAGUCUCCGUAAUGGACAUGCUCCGUCUCGAAUCCAUGGAAGAAUUCGAGUCCCUCCAACCAGAUAACUGGGGUAUACCAUCUCUCGACAAGCAGUCCAUACCAAACCGACAAAAUUGUCUAGGCGGCACAGGGGUAUUGGAAGAGAGACCACGAGGAAAUCCAGAUGAUCUAGGACUGGAUCUGAUUGUUAUGCCGGGCAUGGCAUUCGAUACUGAUUUUCAACGACUAGGUCACGGAAAAGGGUAUUAUGAUUAUUUUUUGAAUAAUUACAGCAAGGAAAUUGCAGGCUCUCCACGCGCUAGCCAGAGACCGUACCUUGUUGCUAUUGCUCUCAAGGAACAAAUAGUAAACCCCCCCGAUGAAAUCCCAGUUGCCAGCCAUGACCAGCCUGUAGAUGUGAUCAUCGUCGGCGACGGUAGAUUGCUAUCCGCAAAACGUUCAUAA